AUGCCUCUAGCAACAAACCCUGCAGUGGAAUCCUCGGCUCCGCUCGCCGACUACUUUUGGAUCGCUGGUGUCGACGGCAAGGAGAUUGAGGAUACCUACUGGAAGCUGCGCAAUGAAUACAUGAGCAAUAGGGAAAGCACUCCAGGGCCUGCCUUUUCUGAUACCAUCGAGGAGGAUGCCGAGCCCGAAGAAGAGCAUGACAGCGGCAAAUUGAGCGACUCCACGAGCUUUGCUGACGCAAGAAAUACCAAACGGAAUUCGUACAAUCGUCUCUCGAGGUUAUCUAACGAUGCCCGCAUGUCCAUACGCUCCGUGGAAUCUAAGAUUCCCGAACCUCAGGGUACACACAGUAAUCGAAGCAGCAUGACUAUUCGGCCUGCUCCGUCGUCGUCGCUAGAACCACCCUCUGAAGCAAACAAUGGCGAAUUUGAUUUUGAUAAGGCUUUACUGAAAUUCGCUUCGGAGAGAGAGUCAUUCCUGUCUGACCUGAGUCUUAGCGCUGGCGCUAUUACCCCGAAUAGACCCAAACCACGUCCCAAGGUGCAGAAGAUCGUGGCGGAAGAGAAACCGCAGUCGAUCAAUCCAUUGAAAUCAGGCAUUGGUAGCGUGCGGCGCCACAUGUCUUUCAGAGACAUGAACAGUAUGAAGAGACAACCAUCGGUCAUCGCGCGACAAGCCUCUAUCCGCACAUCCCGACGACUCAGCAACUACAAUUCCGUCAUACCCGUUCCACAGCCAUUAGAUACCUCGCCGGCCAUGCACCCUCUGAAACGCCGGUUCGAACCAGUGCUUUUGGACCGAUAUCCGCAGAAAGGGAUGCCCGACGAGCAAUCCCAGCGAGUCUCUUUUCCUGACUAUGUCCCUAUGUUCGCCUUUCCUAACGAUAUCAAUAUUGUUUCUUCGGACCAAAAACCACGGUCGACAUGGCAUGGUUUCGUAAUGACAGGAGGAGAUGGCAGCAAACUACACGGAGUCUGCAUCACUUUGUGGAUUCCGCUUGGCCAGAAGGCGGCAGAGGCGUUGGAAGAGUGCUGCGAGGAAUGGCGUAAAGAUAACAUGACUGAUGAAGAACGAGAGCUGGCAGCUAGCCUGGGUGGCCGAUUAGCUGACGAGCGGGCUAAGUUGUCUACACUGUUAGCUCAACUUCCCGCCGUUGCCUCUGGAUCCCCAGAAAGAGAGAAGCUGGAAGAUGACAUCAGUGCAGUCGAGGAGAAAAUCGGACUAAUGACGGAUCUUCUUCGGCCAGUUCGACAUGGUGCGGCCUCCAAGAUUGAGGGUCUCACCGAUGAUACCGGCUUUUGGAUUCCUCGGGCCUACGGGAUCAUGGGCAAAAACGCAUCCAUGACCACUUUCUGGAAAGAGUGGCUCAAAGCCGUAUCUGUUCCCAGGACCAAUGGAGGCGUGUUGAGAGUCCCAGCUAGUUCCCCUACAGUGGGGAUCUGGCAGCCACUGGAACGUUAUGUCAUGAAUCUUUGUACUGAGGCAUUUAGUCCUAUUUCUUCCAAAACGCAGGUCGAGCUGUCUGUAAGAGAAUUACGACUUUUCGCUCGUAAUGAAGCCCCGAAUGAGCUUCCAGGCUCCCGGAAUACGGAUCUAUACGCGCUCUUCCGUUCGCUAUCUAUAUCCAACAUCAUUGUGCUCUUUGAGUAUGCCUUAGCAGAAUCUCGCAUCAUUUUCCUUUCAUCUCACACAUCUAUGCUAUACCUAGCCACUAGAGCUCUUGUUGACCUUCUAUUCCCUUUCACUUGGACCGGGGUUUUGAUCCCUGUGUUGCCAGCCCGACUUAUCCAGGCACUGGAAGCACCAUGUCCAUAUAUUGUUGGAAUUGAAAGACGAUAUGAAAAGGUUGAAUUGCCAUCCGAUGACUUUGUUUUGGUGGACCUCGACGCCGAUAAAAUUGAGAGCGAUGUACAACCAACACCUUUGCCGCGCCAUCAGCGUAAGAAACUUUACUCUCUCCUUCAGCUAGCUGCUCCACACCAUAGCAGGUUUGGUGUCCGCCCUGGCCCACCUUCAUAUGCUGUUGAGGCGUAUCCCUUUGACUCUUUCCCUGCCGAGAACCCAUCAAUCUAUCAUAUAAGGGCACAACCUACACAUUUGGCUCGUUAUGCAAGCUUGAAUUCGACGUCUUUUGGCAGUAGCUACAGCGCCACGCCAGCACCGGCACCGAUUUACAACGCCUUUUUGCAUGCGCGCGACGAAAAUGCCUCUUCUCGGGGUCUCUCGAGAGGAAAUGAACGGCCCACCACGAGUUCAACUUCGAAGACAGGAUCUCCACCAUCUCCGAGAACUAGUUCGCCGACUUCGGGCUUCUUCCCUCCGCCUCUACCUGCAACUCCUGUGUCUCGCAAUGACUCGGGUAUGGCAUUGCAGGCUUCUUUACGAGAGAAGAGAUCUGGUCAUUUCGAUGCUUCGUCUCGUAGAAGCUCGUCUUUUGGAACGGAGAGAAGAGGUGUGCCCCGGCGGCCGAGUGCACCAUUCUUGGGCCAUGCAUCAAACUUGUCAGUGACAACAUUGAACACUGACUAUGGAGGAGCAUCGACAUAUGCGCCAUCAGUUUACGCCACUUCCACGAUUGCUGCGUCUACCAUUGUUCCUCAAGCGAUGGCCCAGCCCGUGUUCAAUACUGAUAGCACCUGCUGGAUUGAAGGACACUGUCUACAGCUUCAGCCGCGAGAUGACAAAAUCAUCUGUUCAAUCUGUGACGAAAGGUCUGACGAGAAGAUGUACAAAUGCACCGGAUGCAAGACGCAUGUUCACGACAGAUGCGCGCCAUUAAUUUGUAUAGUGUGCCCUGCUGCAUUUCAUCCCGAACAGAUCCGGGCGGCUUUUAAGUAUCUUUUACCAGCUAGCAAGGAGCAUAAGAAGUCCGGUCUUACAUACCAUUUCAAUAUGGAUGCCUUUCUCAAAAGCUUGCCACAUGAACAUGCUGAUUAUAUGACGAGUCUUCAGCAAACGCAAGGUUUCAAUGAAUUCAUUAGCGAGCGCGAGAGAUCAAAGCCAAAUACGAGGGACUCGAAGAUUGUCCUAUUUGACGAGAUUAUUCUUUCCAAGCGUAAUCGUGGCAGAACUUCGAUCUUCUCUGGACGCAUGAAUACCGAUUUCUUGUCUAACACAUCUGAGCACCUAUGGCGUUCUGCAGCUGCAACUUCGUUUCCUCCAACAAGCAGAGUUCAUCACGGUAUAUCAGAAGAUUAUUCGGAAGUCAUUAAGCGUGCUCCCGCCAAGCUUGAUCAUGCUUAUAUGAAGGAGCCACGCAUGGUCCAAGGAGUGCCGCGGGUCUCAAAGACCGCUAACAAUGCUCGAAGAAAGCCGCUCCCAAAGCUGAUGAACGGCCUUUCCAUUUCACCUCCUUAG